CCUAGUAUCAGAACAAUAAGUAGUUAUUUGAUAAGAAAUACCGUGAAAAAAUAAAAUGGGCAUCGAAAGCUUUGUGACAGGAAGUUUGACCUCAGCAUCAACUGGCGGAUUUUCAUUGCUCUUUCCGAUUCUUGCUGCGGCGCUUGCCUAUUUUCAAUAUGAAGCUCUAGAUAAUGAAGCACCACCAAUCGAUGUACCGUCAGAGAUGCUAUUAUCCUCGUACCAUUUUAUAGUGAUAGGCAGUGGUAGUGCAGGAGCCGUAGUUGCCAGUCGUCUAUCCGAAAUCGAGGAUUGGAACAUAUUAUUGCUGGAAGCAGGCGGUGACGAACCUGAGGUCUCAGACGUACCCCUUUUGGCCGGAUACCUUCAACUGAGUCAGCUGGAUUGGCAAUACAAGACUGAGGCACAGGAUGAUGCCUGUCUAGCGAUGGAGAACAGCCGUUGUAAUUGGCCCAGAGGUAAGGUUUUGGGUGGAAGCAGUGUGCUCAACUAUAUGCUUUAUUUAAGGGGUAAUAAGCGAGAUUACGACAUUUGGGAGCAACAAGGUAGCCUUGGCUGGGGUUCGCGUGACAUCCUGCAUUACUUUAAGAAAUCUGAAGAUAAUCAAAAUCCUUACUUAAUUCACACACCGUAUCACGCGAAAGGCGGAUACUUGACGGUGCAGGAGGCAUCAUGGCACACACCCCUAGCGGCAGCCUUCGUUCAGGCAGGUCAAGAGAUGGGAUACGAAAAUCGUGAUAUCAACGGCGAGUUUCAAACCGGCUUUAUGAUCGCCCAGGGUACUAUUAGGCACGGCAGUCGUUGCUCCAGUGCAAAGGCUUUUCUUAGGCCGGCCAGAUUUAGGAAGAAUUUACAUGUGGCAAUGCACGCGCACGCAACGAAAGUUCUGAUACAUCCCAAAACAAAACACAUUUACGGAGUAGAAUUCGUCAAGAAUGACAAGGUCUUUCGCGUGCGCGCAAAGAACGAAGUGAUUGUAUCCGGUGGAGCGAUAAAUUCGCCGCAGUUACUAAUGUUAUCAGGAAUCGGGCCAAAGGAUCAUUUGCAAGAGCUCGGUAUUCCAGUGAUUCAAGAUAGCAAGGUAGGCAGCAAUUUGCAGGAUCAUAUUGGCUUGGGUGGACUCACGUUCAUGGUUAACCAAGAGAUUUCUAUGGUGGAAAAACGGCUGCAAAGUGUGCAGACGGUGAUCCAAUACGCUGCACUGGGCAACGGACCUCUGACAGUGCUCGGAGGCGUCGAGGGCAUCGCCUUCGUCAACACCAAAUACGCAAACACUUCGCUGGAUUUUCCCGACAUUGAGCUGCAUUUCGUUUCCGGCUCGACGAAUUCGGAUGGUGGCAGACAACUGAGAAAAGUGCAUGGACUAACGAAAAAGUUCUACGACGCUGUUUUCGGACCGAUCAACGAUAAGGACACAUGGAGCGUGAUUCCUAUGUUGCUACGACCAAAGAGUCGCGGUAUAAUCAAAUUGCGUAGUAAAAAUCCAUUCGAUUAUCCUCUCAUUUAUCCAAAUUACUUCAAGGAAGCGGAAGACAUCGCCACUUUGAUUGAAGGAGUGAAGAUCAGCGUGGCUCUGAGCAGGACUGAUGCCUUCAAGCGAUUCGGAAGCGUGCUCAACUCGCAUCAGUUUCCAGGAUGCAAACAUAUACCCAUGUAUACUGAUUCUUAUUGGGAAUGCAUGAUCAGAUACUAUAGUGCCACGAUUUAUCAUCCGGUUGGCACGUGCAAAAUGGGACCUUACUGGGAUCCCGAGGCUGUCGUCGAUCCGCAACUCAGAGUCUACGGCGUGACUGGGCUGCGCGUGAUCGAUGCAUCGAUCAUGCCCAAUCUUGUGAGCGGAAACACGAAUGGGCCAGCAAUUAUGAUAGGUGAGAAAGGAGCAGAUAUGAUUAAGAAAUAUUGGUUAAAGUGGAAGAACAGAUACGAGGAAAAGGUAACUAGCAGAUGAUAAGAGGAAUCCGCGCGCUUAUGUUCGUGAUGACAAGUAACAACAAUAAGUCU